AUAGUACCAUCUUGUGUGCGUGUACGCGUGGGGGGGGAGGGGUUAGAUUCCCAUAGCAAGGGCAGGGGAAGUCUCGCGACACCCGCUCGCGCCCCGCACCUGCCAUCUUGGUGAGGGGCACGUAGGCCUUGUCCGGUCAUCUUGGUGAGGGGCACGCAGGCCUUGUGCUGUACCCAGGCCCUCGCCUGUCUGUCCCCGUCCAACAGCCCCUCUUUCCCGCCUGUCACAACCCCCUUCCCUCAGAGUUUCGGGGGUACAUCGCGACGCCCCCCUCACGGCGCAACCACGCCUCAGUUGCACGUGGAUGUGGCGUCAUCGCCUCGUGAUGCGAUGGAGGACAUUGCAAAAUGAGGUCAUCACGUUAUGAUGCAAUACACCAAUGCAAGGCGGGAAGACCGUGGCGGUGGGAAGCAUCCCAAGGCCUGGUCUCCCCUGCGAUGAGCCGGACGUGUCGUUCCCUUUGUCCCCGGGCGGCGGGGUCACGGGCUGGCAGCGGCACGGCGCGUCUUUCGCUGCGAGGAGGCCGAAGCACUCUAAAUCUCAGCGCUGACGCCUUUCCUGACUUUGAAGCGGGCUGAACGCUGCUUCGCCCUUUGCUUAGGGUGACACCUGGAAAGGACACGUCAACGGCCCCGCCGGUCAGAGGUGAAGCUUUACGGGCCAUUGCAUCAGAGUAAACACUGAGAAACCCAUGGGUCAAUACGCACGUCUGCUCAACGGCCUUAAAUUCUACAACCAGGCUUUUGCCAACCCAGAGGAUGCCCUGAGGAAUGGAGGGUUGCAGUACUACCGAGACGAUCCGGAUGUGGAGCGGUGCCGCAGGGCUCAUCGCAACGACAUGGAGAACAUCUUCCCCUUCCUCUUCCUUGGGGCCAUUUACUCCAUGCUGGACCCCAAUCCUACUGUGGCCAGGAUCCACUUCCUGAUCUUCCUUGUGGGGCGGAUUGUUCAUACAGUGGCCUACCUCCUGAAGCUGAAGGCCCCCACACGCUCAGUGGCAUAUAGUGUGGCCCAGAUGCCCUGCUUCUCCAUGGCACUGCAGAUCCUCUUUACAAUUGUAAUGCGCUGGUAACAUCAAACAUAAUCGGAUGAUGCUCUAACGUGGCUUAGAAAGAUAUGACUGGGGCUUUCUCAAGGCAUGGACUAAUUUGUCCUUCUCCCUGCUGUCGCUUCGCUGCGGAGAGGUCUCCCAGAUGAACAGAUCACACCAGUUAUUUGCAGCCUCGCUGUGCUUGUGUGUGUAUGGAUCAGGCUGCAGAAAUGAAAAGGGUGGACUACCCAAAGGUGGGUGCUCUGCAUCCAGUCAAAUUAUGCAAAGCUGAGAUGAAACUGAUAUCAUUUUGGGUUUUUUUGUUUUGUUUUUGGGGGGGGGGUUUAUGGCUUCUCAUUGGUGAUAUGCGAGUAAAAAAUUGGAGAUGGGACAAGUUCUGUUUCUUCACCUGGAGAAGAGCAUCCUAGUAGAAGCUUUCUCAGUUGCACCAGGGAGUGGAGAAGAAGACUGUGCAAGGCCUAGAGACAGAACGUGAAACUGAACCAGCAAGGGUGAAUAAGCAGCCUGGACUCAUCUCCUGGAGAUGGAGGGGGAAAAAUCUUACAGACUGAGUCACCAAAUCAGUGGGGCAAACCAUGCCUCCUUUUCUGUACGCUUUCUUAGAAGUGAAAGCAAAGCUGAGAAUCAGCUGGGGUUUUCUCUAAAACACACUUCCCUCUGCAAACCUUGUGUGUGUCUUAAUCUAAGAUGGAGAUGUUGUCUUGUAACUAUUUUCCCCAGCUAAACGGCAGAGCGUCUCUGGGAAGUAAAAUUACAAGCCUUUCAUUUUACUAAAAUCGUGGCAGCAUAGCAGAGCCAAAGUCGAUCACUCCUAGCAACCUGUUGCUCUCUCUUCUACAUCUUUGCCUGAAGUGCACUGCUUCCUGUUUGUGCUAGGAAAAAUUAGCUAAGUUUUUUUUUGUAGCCUUGCACCUGCACCAUAACUGAGGUACCUAAGGUACCAAGGGAGCAGCAUACAGGUUCUGCAGCUCCCUUGAACUAAGAGCAGAGGGAUCUGUGCAAUCAGCAGUUACUCCAAAAUCAAUUGGCUUGGCUCUAGCUCCUCCUCUUAAGAAAAACAGGUUGCUAUCUUUAAAGGCCAUCUCUUUUUCUGGCCUCUUGUUACAACCAGUGAUGCUAUAAUGGGUCUUAUACCAGGCAAGGAGACUAAGACACAGUUAUCCUAAGCUAAAAGGAAGUUUAUUGAACCCUAUCAGAUAAACUGAAGCAUUUUCCGUAGUUUAAAAUUUAGAAUUGUAGCUAGUCAAGGCAAAUGCUCACCACCCCCAGAUUUAAUGAACAUGGUGUCACUGGAUGGCCAGUCCAUGAGGUCUUGUCCGGGGUUCCCAAUUCCUUCAUCUGAGCUAAUCUUGGACCUGUGACCGUAUCUUUCAGGACUGGGUUCUAAGGGGUACGCUCUCUCUUGCCUCUCCUGGUAUACUAGGGCUGUGCAAAGCUUUGAGUUGUGAUUCGAUUAAGAGGAGAUUUGGCCCAAUUCAGUGGUCGAAUCUCCAAAUCCAAAUUGAAUUGGGGGACCAAUAAAAAGGUCCGAACUGAUUUCAAAGCUCUCUGGAUCUUUGGAAAAGUAGAAGCUCUUCAGAGAGCUUCGAUUCGGUCAGUCCCUGGUGUCUGCAGCAAGGAGCUGGACGCAGACUCGGAACUGACAAGUAGGGGGUGGGGGAGGUGGGAGGGGACCAUGGGGGGACCCCUUCCAGGCCCCAUCCCCCACCCUACCCCAGGUCUGGCCCUUUAAGGAAAAAAAAAAAUGGGGGAGAAACCCCCGGCCUCACCAUCUCCUGCAGUGGCCUUGGGGCCUCUAGGGGCCUGUGGCAGAGCCCCCCCAUGCAGUGGGGGGCAGCAGGGAUUGCCCCCAUGCCCAGCAGCACCCAGCGAGUAGGGGCUUUUUUUCAAAGUG